AUGCUUGCUACCAUUGGUGUCAAGUCUGUGCUCUGGGCCUGGUGUUCGCGCAUUCCGUCGUCAGGCGUCCAAGCGCUGGCUCAGGACGCCGAAAACGAUGUUUGGCUAAACGUCGUGUCCCUGUCCUUCCCCGUACGUCUCAGGAAGUGGCUGGGUGCUGACUCUUUCAGUGGAUCGGUCAGAAGAUUGGAAGCCCUUACCUUGACCCGAUCGGUGGUAUGCUGCUCUCGCUGUAUAUUAUCUUUGAGUGGAUCAAGACGCUGCUGGAGAACUUCAGGAAUCGUGAGUGACCCAAACGUUCACCUCCCUGACGGCUCAGUGUCUGGACGUACCGCCUCGCCCGAUCAGUACGCGCGCAUUCUCUACCUCGUCACACGGUUCAACCCCGUGCUCGAAAUCUCUGAUGUCGAGUGCUACCACAUUGGCGACGACCUGACGAUCGAGGUCGACGUGAUCCUCCCGCACAACACGUCGCUGCACUUUGCGCAUGACGUAGGAGAGACGAUCCAGUGCAUGCUGGAAAACCUCGGCGGUGUGCUUCGAGCGUACGUGCACUGCGACUACAGCUCGAAGAACCCGGCACAGCACACUGCGCGCAAGAAGGUGGCUUACCCCGUCCCGCCACGGUCGCCAACCGGGUACGAGUCGACGCUGUCCGGGUCCGCGACGCCCAAGGCACCGACACCACUAAGCCUUAGCGCAGAAGUAAGGUGUUCGACGGUCGGAUGGUCCAGCUCCACUCCCCCAACAAAGGCCGCGAGCCGUGACCGUGUGGAUACAGGGCGCCACGGGGGAGACGGAAGGAUCGGUGUCGCGUACACCGCACGGGUCAUGUUUAUUGAGAUUGAGGGGACAGCCCAUCAGCCAGGAUCACUGUUCAUCAUUGGUCUUCAGCCAUCCACCAUGCAGAUUGCGAGCCUCCCCACUAUCCCCAAGCGCCGUGCGCUCACUGGCAAUAAGGGACAAAGCCACAUGGUCGGGGGCGAACGUCGUCACAUGGAAAAGCGGUGGCACAUCAAACUGAUAUUGAUUGGAAAAUAUGCCGAUCUAUCGAUCCUCCUGCCAGCGAUCUCAAUCAGAGAAUCCGACCCGAUGGGCGAUGACUGGGCCGCGCUGCAGGGCAACGGGCGCGACCAUGCGGCCAACUAUUCGACCACCGUGACAGAUCGGCGGCAGCCUUAA